CAGCGUACUGCAUCCAGUUGUCUUGCUUGAAACAGUUCUCCUCCAGACAUUUGCUGUCGUUCCUGCAGCAUUAGCUGAUAAACCGAACCACAUCCCGGUGUUGGUGUCAGGGACAGUCCGACUAAAGACGACUAAACCCCGAAGGUUGAACUUGCAGUAAGAUGAAUCUUGGUUCUAAAAAUAAGAAGAGGGUGGUUCUGCCCAGUCGUCCCGAGCCCCCUACUGUGGACCAGAUCCUGGAGGACAUCAACAGAGCCGCUCCCAACGACCCGGUCUUCAGCAUCCUGGAGAAGACUGGACAAGAUUCGUACCGGCCCUCAGAAAGCGAUGUGGACUUGCGGUUCCAGCAGUGUCAAAAGUAUCUGGAGCUGAAUGAGCGGCUGCAGGAAGCGCGAGGUCGACUGUUACGGCAGAGGGAGGAGCUGCGGAUGGCCGGCGAGCAGCUGCAAAGCGACGUGGCAGAGGUCAAAGGUCAAACACUCUGACUCUAUGCUGCCUCCUGUGAGAGACUUUCCUCUUCUUCAGGGACUUUUUUUUUAUCGGACCAUUGUCAGGCGGUGAUUCAGCUGAAUCAUGUCAGAAGUGCCGUUGUGCCAGACACUGGUGGGGCCUCAGGAGCCCCAGUGUUGGCGACUCCUGACCUCUUACCUCUCACCUGAAAUAUUUUUGUGUGUGAGGUUUGCUGCCGAUGUUACAGGCAGAAAAUGGUAUUGCAUUGGCAAUAACUUACAUACAGCUGACAGUACACAGUAAAAUAAGGCCAUCUUGAUAUUAUUAUUAGUUGAUGUAGCAUUUUACUUCAAUUUAUCAUUUGAUAUACAACAUAUCCUCAUAAAUGACAAAUUACCAGGGUGUGAAGUGAUGUUAAAUUUGCAUAUUUUCCCUGGAUAUUUUUACCAGUCAGUAAAAACAAAUUAAUUUGUUUUGAAAUGAAAGAAAGCAAACUAAUUCUCAUGUUUAAGAAUUGAAGGAUGGGAUAAUUGUCCGUCGUCACAAUUGUAGCGUCAUGGAUUAAUCAGUCAUUUCUGCACUUGAUCUUUGUAAAAUGUUAAGAUGUGUUCAGGCUGAACUGGAAGUCAAUAUUCACAACGAUUUAUUCACAGAAGUUCCGUUUGUGUUAAUUUGCCUUUCUCUUGGUGUUCCUUCUUAUUUCGGUUGGUUCCUGAAGUUGAAGUCCGUAAAAUCCCAGAUAGCAGUGUUAUAGUUUGUCUUUGUCUCGUACCAUCUCCAGAAGACCUUAAUCGGCUGAAUUAUUUCUGGCUCUCAGAGAAGGAGCACUCUGUCUGGAUUGCUAUUUCAUGACUUGUCAAGACCACAACUGCAGGUAUAAAACUAAAUUGCUCCUGUGCAUUGUCUGAUUUGUUUAUUAACAUAAUUUGUGCGAUUGCUCAUAGAAAACAAAGGUAAAUUACCACAGAUAAAAUUCCCCUCUGUAAUGCCUUUUGAUUAUUUUAUCAAGACAUUUCUAUUUGUAGAUUUGUUCAAGCACACAUGAAUGUAAAUAUGGCAAUAAAAGAGGUGAAUGA